AUGCAUCGAGUGGUCAUUGCUAUUGUAUUCAUCUUGCUACCUUUUAAUUAUGGUGCAUAUUUACCAACACUUUUCUGGGACACCAGCAACCCAAUGUAAGUAUAUAUAAACUCAAUUCAACAUUAUACACAUCGCGAUGUCUAGAGCUGAUUAAGAAUUCAAAGUCAUCUGAUUACAUUACGUAACUCGGUUACCUCUGACCACAGGACCGAAGUUUUACUAUUGCUGUCUGAUUACAACUACUUCUCUUCAGUCAAACGCGAGUGUUUCCAACUUGACUCCACCAAACAUAAAAAGGUUUCCUCAUCUAGUAACACUUGCUCAAUAAGAGAUGACUCUUACUGGACCUCUAGGAAAAACGGUUUAGAACUGAUAAAGCUAUCCAGUUUAAAUAAAGUUAGUUUAGUUUAAAUUUCCUCCUGUAGUAACACUAGAUCAAUAAGAGAUGAUUCUUACUGGACCUCUAGGAAGAACGGUUUAGAACUGAUAAAGCUAUCCAGUAUAAAUAAACUUGGGUUAGUUUUAGUCAAUUUAGUCACGAUUAUUUUGAGAUACAAUAUCUUUACCAAAACUUUAUGACAUAGUUACUUACAGUUACAUGCAACAAUCUUUUGUGAGCAAAUAUUCAAGCACGAUUGACCUGGCCAUAACAGGAACACUAAAAAAGAAAAAACAACCUAAAACAUCUCCUAUGUACGCGUGCAAGAAGCCUCCUAAACUAAACUAACUUUAUUUAUACUGGAUAGCUCUAUCAGUUUUAAACUGUUCUUUCUAGAGGUCCAGUAAGGAUCAUGUCUUAUUGAUCCAGUGUUAACUACAGGAGGAAACCUAAACUAAACUAACUUUAUUUAUACUGGAUAGCUCUAUCAGUUCUAAACUGUCUAAAUCUAAAGUUAAACCUUUACAUAAUUUAGACUAGAGAAGCAGUUCUGGCACGAGGUCGUACAAGUGAAGAUAUAUGAUUUUAUAACAUUUGUUUGUCCGAACGAUAUUAUCAAAAUAAGAGGCAGUGAACGAAUGAAUACAGAUGGACGUUUUCCAAACUUGUAUGUCAAAGAAGUGCCGGCGGACAUCAAAAACUUUGAUGGCGCUUGCGAUACAAGUGGUAAGUACUCUACUAUAAAGAUCUUUUUCAGGUAGUUCAGACACAAACCACGACAACUUAUUGUAGAAUACUACCUACACUGGACCACCACAUUUGAGAUAUCUUUUUCAGGUAGUUCAGACACAAACCACGACAGCUUAUUGUAGAAUACUACCUACACUGGACCACCACGUUUGAGAUAUCUUUUUCAGGUAGUUCAGACACAAACCACGACAGCUUAUUGUAGAAUACUACCUACACUGGACCACCACGUUUGAGAUAUCUUUUUCAGGUAGUUCAGACAAAAACCACGACAUCUAAUUGUAGAAGAAUACUACCUACACUAGACCACCAUGUUUGAGAUAUCUUUUUCAGGUAGUUCAGACAAAAACCACGACAGCUAAUUGUAGAAUACUACCUACACUGGACCACCACGUUUGAGAUAUCUUUUUCAGGUAGUUCAGACACAAACCACGACAACUUAUUGUAGAGUACUACCUACACUGGACCACCACAUUUGAGAUAUCUUUUUCAGGUAUUUCAGACACAAACCACGACAGCUUAUUGUAGAAUACUACCUACACUGGACCACCACGUUUGAGAUAUCUUUUUCAGGUAGUUCAGACACAAACCACGGCAGCUUAUUGUAGAAUACUACCUACACUGGACCACCACGUUUGAGAUAUCUUUUUCAGGUAGUUCAGACAAAAACCACGACAUCUAAUUGUAGAAGAAUACUACCUACACUAGACCACCAUGUUUGAGAUAUCUUUUUCAGGUAGUUCAGACAAAAACCACGACAGUUUAUUGUAGAAUAUUACCUACACUGGACCACCACGUAGGCAUUUCAGACACAAAUAACAUACUAAAUCGCAUCGUGUUGUUUGUUAUUUAGAGAACUCCACAGCCAUUUUUAUAUUGAACUGUGACAAACCAAAAGAAUUAAAAUACCAGAAUAUUCAAAUCAAUCUUAAUCAAGCCCAUCCUGAUCUACCCAAGUUUAAAUAUGGCAAAGAUUACAUGUUCUUUGGUGAGUGAUAUCACGUUAGUGGGUCAGCGUAUGCCCUAUGACAAGCAAUGUGAAUUAAAUGAUUCCUGCAAUAUAUACAGUUCCUUGAUUAAAAUUUCACCUCAGUUCCAAGGGAGAAGAAUGCUUCCAGUUCGACUCGACCUAAUACUGCAAGAUUCCUUAGUUUAGUUUAGAUUUUCUCCUGGAUCAAUAAGAGAUGACCCUUACUGGAAGAACAGUUUAGAACUGAUAGAGCUAUCCAGCAUAAAUAAAGUUAGUUUUGUUUAGGUUUCCUCCGGUCGUAACACUGGAUCAAUAAGAGAUGAUUCUUACUAGAACAGUUUAGAACUGAUAAAGAUAUCCAGUAUAAAUAAUAAAUCCAUAUUUUCUCAUUCUCCAGCGACCUCAGACGGAAGAGAACAAUCUUUAACUAAUAAUACAUCGAAGAACUGUACACUGGUUUUUAGAAUUCAUUUUAGUAAAGAAGACGUACAAUCUCCCUCCUGCCCACUCUUUGACAGGAAAAAUGGUAAUACAAUGUGCUCGCUUAAACUUAAUCAUAAAAAAUUUAAUGAUAAUUGCUUUGCCAGGCUUUAAUUUCUGCUAAUAAAAAAUUCCUAUUCAUUUUUAGUAUGUGAGAGCAACAAACCACCGCAAACAGAGCAACCGCUUACAGAACAACCGAAGCAAAACGGUAUGUUUUAUUAUUUUAUGUCAGCCAUAAUUUAGGCGAAACAUUCUUUAUUUAUACUGGUGAACUCUAUCAAUUCUAAACUGUUCUUCCUAGAGGUCCAGUAAGGAUCAUCUCUUAUUGAUCCAUUGUUACCACAGGAGGAAACCUAAACUAACUUUGUUUAUGCUAGAUAGCUCUAUCAGUUCUAAACUGUUCUUCCUAGAGGUCCAGUAAGGAUCAUCUCUCAUUGAUCCAGUGUUACUACAGGAGGAAACCUAAACUAAACUAAUUUUAUUUAUACGUAAUAGUUCUAUCAGUUCUAAACUGUUCUUCCUAGAGGUCGAGUAAGGAUCAUCUCUUAUUAAUCCAGUGUUAUUACAGGAGGAAACCUAAACUAACUUUAUUUACACUGAAUAAUUCUAUCAGUCCUAAACUGUUCUCCCUAGAGGUACAGUAAGGAUCAUCUUUUAUUGAUCAGUAACACAACAGGAAUAAAUCGGAGUACCUCAAGAAAAUCGGAAUAAGCAAGCACUCUUCUCACAUGUGACUGACGUGAAAUUAUAAAAUCAGGCAACUGAAUAAUGCAGAAAUAAAAUCCCAGUCACAGAGGAGACAGAUAUGUCUAAGCCCCGAACACAUUUGUAAUGUUCCCUUUCUCAUAGAAUGUAAAAACAUUACGCCGCAAGAACUUAAUACAAAAACAAUCACUGGUAACAAAGUAAGUGUAUCCUGGCAACCCCCGAGCAACAUCGCGUGCAACAUAACAUACUACACGGUGUGUUACCGAGAGAAUUUGACCGAGCCUUGUCGAGAGGUCUUGGCACCAGCAAAACAACGUAACGUCACUUUAUGUGAGUUGGCCGCUGACCAGAAGUAUAUUGUCAAAGUGCGGGCUCACACGGCAAAAGGUCCUGGAAACUACAGCAAGGAGAAGACUUUCGAAACAGAUAGGAAGAAAGGUGGGUAUAAAAAAUUAUCAAUUAGAAUCAAUUGGAUAUCAAUAUACAAUUACUUUAUGGUUUCCGUGUUUGCAUGGCCUGAUCCAAACACGCGGGAAUGUUGCGAGGGUUAAGAAAAGCGAGGGAAAUCACGAGCCGAAGGCGAGUGAUUUUGCCCGCUUUUCUUAACUCGAGCAACAUUCCCAAGUGUUUGGAUCAUUCCAUCCAAACACGGAAACCAUAAAGUAAUUGUUUUAUAAAAUAACAACAACACGAUAGUCUUCCGUGUUUGGAUGGCCUGAUCCAAACACGGGUUUCGACCAAUCAGAAUACGCGUUAUGUACAUGUUAUUUUAUAAUAGAAUUUCAUUGAGUGACAGUGGGAUUUUCAAAACAAUGAAAAGACAAUGGAAUACUCUGAUCACUGGAUCAUGACUGGAUGGCAUGAAGAACAGUGGGAUUUUCAAAACAAUGAAAAGACAAUGGAACAUUCUGAUCACUGGAUCAUGACUGGAUGGUAUGGAGAACAGUGGGAUUUUCAAAGCAAUGAAAAGACAAUGGAACAUUCUGAUCACUGGAUGACAUGGAGAACAGUGUGAUUUUCAAACCAAUGAAUAGACAAUGGAACAUUCUGAUCACUGGAUCAUGACUGGAUGGCAUGGAGAACAGUGAGAUUUUCAAAACAAUGAAAAGACAAUGGAACAUUCUGAUCACUGGAUCAUGACUGGAUGGCAUGGAGAACAGUGGGAUUUUCAAAGCAAUGAAAAGACAAUGGAACAUUCUGAUCACUGGAUCGUGACUGGAUGACAUGGAGAACAGUGUGAUUUUCAAAACAAUGAAAAGACAAUGGAACAUUCUGAUCCCUGGAUCAUGACUGGAUGGCAUGGGUACCGUGGGCGCCACCUGGAAUGUUGCUAAAAAUAGGACUUGAUUUAUGGAAAAAAAUUAGAUACUCUUCAUAAGUUUACUUUCUUAUUUGGUGGGUUUGAGUCAGCGUUACAGGGCAGCGGAUGGUUGUCAACCUCAGAAAAGUUGACACUUUAAAAGGAAAAAUAUUGAACCGUUAGCUACGGAUCUAACCAAUGUACCAAACAACGGUGAAAUGACUUCAAUUUCCAUCAUAAUGUUAUUUCCACUUUUAAAAGCUCGGAGAGAUUAAGUCUUGAGGUAAAAUACUUGCCAUUUGCAAGCUAUUGAACUAACAUCUUUUAACCGUUGCCACAGUUCUUAACUUUAAAUUGAACUUUGUUACAGUGCCAGAGUGCCAUGACGUCAGCACAACAUCAACAACAACAACACCAUCAACACCAAAAACCUCUCAAUCUACAACCACAGAUGGGAACGAUACUGGUACCAAAGGAAGAACCACACCAAGCCCCACUCAGCAAGGAAACGCAGCAGGAAAAGGGUCCGAUACCAAGAGUUGGGAUAGAUUCGCAUAUGGUUUUCUUGCUGGAUUCGUGACGUUGUUGAUCCCGAUUAUUGUCACUGCUUUUAUUUACUGUCUACUCUGUCGAUUACAGAAAACGAAGAAGAAAAAAAGUAAUUACCGUAAGAUUAUCUGGUUAAUUCAAAGUUAAUGCUACAGUUCUCACUAGUUUAGGUUUCCUCCUGUAUAGGAGAUUACUUUUACUGGACCUCUAGGAAGAACAGUUUAGAACUGAUAAAGCUAUCCAGUAUAAAUAAAGUUAGUUUUGUUUAGGUUUCCCCUGUAGGAUAUAACACUGGCACAAUACGAGAUUAUCCUUACUGGACCUCUAGGGAGAACAGUUUAGAACUGAUAGUGCUAUCCAGUAUAAAUAAAGUUAGUUUAGUUUAGGUUUCCUCCUGUAGUAAUACUGAAUCAAUAACAGAUGAUCCUCACUGGACCUCUAGGGAGAACAGUUUAGAACUGAUAGAGCUAUCCAGUAUAAAUAAAGUUAGUUUAGGUUUCCUUCUGUACUAACACUGGAUCAAUAACAGAUGAUCCUUACUGGACCUCUAGCGAGAACAGUUUAGAACUGAUAGAGCUAUCCAGUCUAAAUAAAGUUAGUUUUGUUUAGGUUUCCUCCUGUAGUAACACUGGAUCAAUAAGAGAUGAUCCUUACUGGAGCUCUAGGAAAAACAGUUUAGAACUGAUUGAGCUAUCCAGUAUAAAUAAAGUUAGUUUAGUAAAUAAAGUUGUUUCUAAUUUUAUUUCAGCAAAUGGCGUUUGUCAAUAUAACGGUCAAGAUCAAAGCACUGCUAUCAGCAAUGUAGGAUCACCAGAGGCACUACCGAAGAAAUCUCUUUUGUCCAAAUAUAAUAGUAAGUUUUAGACGCCUAUAUGAUUGGACAGGAGAAACUUAUUUUCGCUCUGGUCAUUUGCUUCGUUUUAAUACCAAGGCAUUUCAAUAAUUAGUACAAAUAUUUUGUGUUUAUAGACAUAGGUUUUAAAUCAGAGACUUUGGAAGGAGACAGUCCUGCCUAA